AUGGAGGAUCUCUUCCGCAACUGGUGCAUGAGCUGCUUCCACGCUAGCAUCGUGCGGUAUGAUCCUUGCCGAACCCGUCCCAUGACCAUUCAAUGUACUAUCGGGGACGGAGAGACCCCGUGCGAUCAGUGCUUCGAACGUAUUGGCAUCUGCGAAUCGGCACGUCCCGCUAUGGGUGUGCAGGGAGAUGUCAAGGAUCUUUGCACUAUCCUUGCUUGGACUACCCGCUUUUGGUCUCGAGCCGAUAGCUUCACCUGGUCUCAGAACUUCCGUCUGGCCGUUUGCCGAGCAUCCAGGGACCUCUGUCGGGGCUUUGAGGAAGCCGAGCUGGAACAUCGCCGCUAUCACAUGCUGACCGAAGUCGAUUAUGAUGAGUACCCAAGCUCGGAGCAAGAUAACGAUUUCGAAGAAUACCGAAGCUUCCUCGCUGGUCGCCGCGCUGCUUUGCGUAGUUGCACCCCUCCCAUCGAUGCGAUCACUGGCAGUGACUGGGCCCGAUUCAACCCCGAGAGGCUGCUGCGUUUGCGUGAGGGAGACCCUGGAUAUAACAACUGGGCGGAGGCAAAGGAUGAAUUCAAGGGCGCUCUUCGAUAUGUGUGCGUUCAAGAAUACGGCGAUGAAUUCUCGUCUACUGGACGGCACAGACUGCGUUCAAUUUCCAGCAGCUUCCCUCAGGUUUGA